CCCCAAAGGGCCACAGAUUUCCUACGUGCGGCCUGACAUGAAUCUUCACUCUCCAUUAUUACACGGGGAUCGGUGCCUACAGUGAGGAGCAGAAGCACGAACAGAAGCAUGGCCCAAACAACGUAUUUAGUCGUGUUUGUCAGUACUGCCUAUCUUUUCUGUACUGUGAAAGCUCAGUAUGAGAAAUACAGCUUCAACAGCUUUCCACCAAACGACCUCAUGCCACUGGAGUCUGCGUACGGACACGCGUUAGAGAUGUACGCUGCUCAGGACUGGAAGCAGAGCGCUAAAUAUCUGGAGCUGAGCCUGCGGCUUCAUCGGCUGCUGAAGGACAGCGAAGCGUACUGCGGUCAGAACUGCAGCGCUGUGGCUCGGGAGUAUGAGCAGAACAACACGGAAACAACCCUCUUGAUCAUGGGACACAUCAUAAUGCGAGCUGCAUGCCUGAAAAGGUGCAAAACAAACUUUCCUGUGUUUUCUAAAUCAUAUCCUACGCGAGAAACUUUGGGCGCUUUUGAACAGAGGACACCCUACCGGUACCUUCAGUACGUCUAUUACCAGAUGAAUGAGUUGGAGAGAGCAGUUUCGGCAGCACACACAUAUCUACAGCGAAACCCUGAGGACUCCCUUCUAUCUAGGAGUCUCAGCUACUAUAAAAGCCUGUUUGACACGGAGGAGUACCUCACAGACCAUGAGGAGAAGCCCUAUGAGGCUUUGUUCCUGAAGGCUGUAAAGCUGUAUAAUUCGGGGGAUUUUAGCAGCAGUGCUCGAGACAUGGAGCUGGCAGCUGCUGAGUAUUUUAAAACAUUCAACACAUGUUUGCUGUCCUGUGAGGGGUCAUACGAUGUUCAGGAGUUUAAAGACUUCUACCCCACCCUAGCAGAUUUUUAUUUUGAAGUAAUGAAGUGUAAAGUAAAAUGUGAGGAAAAUUUGAUACCAAAUGUUGGUGGUUUCUUUGUGGAGAAAUUUGUUGCCACCAUGUACCACUACAUGCAGUUUGCUUAUUACAAAUUAAAUGAUGUGCGAAAUGCAGCGCUGUGUGCAGCAAGCUAUAUGCUUUUUGAUCCAAACGAUCAAGUGAUGCAGCAGAACAUAGCCUACUACCGAUUCUACAGAGAACAGUGGGGACUGCAGGAUGAGCAUUUCAGACCACGACCAGAAGCUCUUAGAUAUUUCAAUCAAACUACCAAGCUGAGGGAACUUCUGGAGUUUGCACAGAAUUAUUUACAGACCGAUGAUGAGGAUGCUGUGAGUUCAGAGGAAGCAGCAUCAGCUCUGUCAAAUCCUCCCGAUGAAGAGUUUGAGGGAACUGGGGACUACGAGGAGUCGUUCCUGGCCGAAUGGUGGCAGGAACCCAAAACUAAAGGAGAUACAGGAGAACCAGCUGAAUAAACUCAGAGCAAAAUCAUAUACAAUUAUUUAUACUGGUACCCUGGGAGAGUCUUUGCCUUGUGUCUUCCUCAUCCCCUGUUGACUCGUUCCCCCUUUUUCAUUGGAGAUUAAUUGUACUGUAUCCAUUCUAACGUUACUUUUAACUAGAACAUUUGGAUCUUUUGUAUUAUUUUGAUGCAAGAAGUUUUAUAAUAACAGUCUCUCACCCAGAUUUCAAGUUUAGAUGAUCUCAGUGAAACUGCAGACACAUCACCAACCUAAACUUGUCUUUGUCUUUAUGUCUUUUGUUUUAUCUCAUGUAUUUCAUGUGUUGUCUAUUAAGAAAAUAUUUUUGUUGAUAUAAAAUGUAUCUGUAUCUUUUCACAUGUCCUCUCUGUAAUUCUGACUAAGCAGUUUUACUUUCAGGCUAUAUAAGGAAGUUGUUGACAUUGCCUUAUUUUAUAUUGUUUUUAGGUUUUAAAAUAAAAUGAAAUAAAAUAAAAGCUAU